UGGUAUUUUAAAUGAUCCCAAAUCCAAAAACUUGUAAUAAUCCUUUGUUUCUCAACUGAGAAGCAGCACUGCAAUUGAUGUGCCAUGCUAAGAUCUCUCUGUUCGUCCACUCGCUUGCCUAUUCCCUUCUUCACCAGACCAAUUUGCUCAAGGAAAAUGACUACUGCACCAUCACCCAUAUGCCCAAAAUUUAUUUCUAUUGAAGGGGGUGACAUUUAUUCAAGAAGUAAACGUGAUGGCAUUAGAUUUCGUCUUGUAUCCUAUAACAUUUUGGCUCAGGUUUAUGUGAAGAGUUCCUUGUUUCCACAUUCUCCAUCUCCUUGCCUCAAGUGGAAGCCUCGUUCACAGGCAAUUUUGACUGUUCUCAUGAGCAUUGGGGCCGACUUUCUUUGCCUACAGGAGCUGGACGAGUAUGAUAGCUUUUACAAGCAAAACAUUGGGAGCCAUGACUAUUCCAGUAUUUAUAUUCAGAGGAGUGGCCAGAAACGUGAUGGGUGUGGAAUUUUUUAUAAGCAAAACCGGGCAGAGUUGCUCUUAGAGGAGAGGAUAGAGUACAAUGAUCUUGUAAACUCACUUGAAGAUGAAUCAAACUUACAUGAAUGUAAACGAGUUGAUACACAGGUUGAAGAGGAUAAUAAUAGUGAAACAAAGAAUGGCUCCUCAUUAAAAAAUGCUCCCGAAGAUCGUGGAGAUCCUAAUGAUCCUCGUGUGAGACUGAAACGCGAUUGUGUUGGAAUCAUGGCUGCAUUUAAACUCAAGGAUGCUUUUCAUCAUAUUGUUAUUGUGGCAAACACGCACCUUUACUGGGAUCCAGCAUGGGCUGAUGUGAAGCUUGCCCAAGCUAAAUAUCUUUUAUCACGCAUAUCUCAUUUUAAGACACUAGUUUCUGACAAGUUUGAAUGUACUCCUUCCAUUAUUCUGGCAGGCGAUUUCAAUUCAACUCCAGGGGACAAGGUUUACCAAUACCUUGUUUCUGGCAACUCUUCGUCUGCACCACUGGCAGAAUGCGUGGAUGAGCUUCCAAUUCCAUUAUGCAGCUUCUAUGAUCAUACAAGAGGAGAACCACCAUUCACAAAUUGCACCCCUGACUUCACAAAUACACUUGAUUACAUAUUCUUUUCCCCUGAUGAGAAAUUAAAACCAAUCGGUUUCCUGGAACUUCCUGAAGCCAAUUCACCUGAUGUUGUUGGUGGUUUACCAAACUAUUACCACCCAAGCGACCAUCUACCAAUUGGUGCUGAAUUUGAAAUCUCCACAGAAUAAAUAAAAUCUCUCUCUCACAAAGCUAACCGCAACUGCAUCUCCUGAUCAUCUCUUUUUUUUCAUAUCCAUCAUUGGUCGAUCUCUUUAAGCGAAAAUGUGAGGGAUUUUAGCAAGAAAAUAUUAUUUUUAACUUGGUUUUGUAUGAUUAUUUGAUUUGUUCAUUGGUUACAAAAUGACAGCAUGGUUAUGAUUCUUUUAUGAGAUGAACUAAAAAAGAAUUGACACAAAAUAUUGUUUUACCGUAUUAGUUGUUUGAAUGGUUAAUAAAGUUUAGGGCGAGUAAUUUUUUUUUA